AUGUCUCAAGAAAUAGAAAAAAACAAGUUUUGUCCAGCAGAAAAUGGAAUAAAAUGGAAAUGGAAUUUUAUCAAACAGGAUUGGGAAUAUACUUUAAUAGGUAAUAAAGUUGCUUUGAAAGAAUUAAAAAAUUUUAAUUUGGAUAUAGUUGAAUUUCUUAAAGUGAUGAAGACUGCCAAUGAACAUGAAUAUGGACCUAUUGCUAAAUAUUAUGGAAUUUCAAAAAAUCUUUCUACACAAAAUUACAUUAUUGUUGUGGAUUUAUUUGAUGAUGACUUACAUAAGUUUUUAACCAAAAAAUUUUGGGAUUUAAGAUGGCAAUCAAAGAUCAACGUAUUAUCAUCAAUAGCGGAGUGUCUUAAAAGAUCACAUGAAAAAAAUUUAGUUCAUUGUAACCUUCAUAAAGUGGAUAAUAGUAUUAUGCGACAACUCGAAAUUGCAAACUCAAAUCAAAAAAAUACAUCAAAAUCUCAAAAGCAAGAAUUAUUUGAAUUAUUUUCACAUUCAAAUAAGUUACAUCCACAAUCAUGUUAUAUUAGCCGAUCUAUUCAUACUCUUCAUGGAUUGCAAGAUUUAUUGGAUGAAAUAAAAUCUGGAAAAUCUUCAGAAUUAUUAAGAAUAGGAAAUCCAAAAUCAAAUGGAAAAUGA